CAAUUUUUGUCCAAACAGCGAUUAAAUGGCAGAUGAAACAAACGUGUGGUAUUGAGAUUUGAGUUCUGGUGGUCGCAAUGGAGUUUAAUUUCCCUUGUUCUUUAGCUUUAAAUUGCUCCUUUUCAUGGGACAACAUAAUAGGUUAGGUGCACCCCGCCGGCGGUAAAUGGACAUGGAGAGAAAUUCGGUGGAAAACAGAGCCGACUUCGACGAGAAAUUUCAUAUCAGCAACUCGGAAUCCAGCAGCAGUUCGGAGCGGGGAGACGGCGGGAGCUCCACGGGUAGUUCGUCGUCGGCCGACGGGGAUGACCACACGCACUGCGACUCCAACAGCACGAGUGAAGAGGGUCGCCUGAGGAGACUUUUCCACACGUGUGACAGCGACGGGGAUGGCUUCAUAGACGGACACGAUCUGCUAGCGUUCUGCCGGGAACUGAACAUGGAGGACGCGGUGCAGGACAUCAUGGAGCAGCUCGGGGCCGGGGAAACGGGCCGCAUCUCCUGCGAGGAGUUCAUCAGCUGCCAGCGGAAACUGAAAGGGGAAAUCACCACCUGCCUGGCCAAGCAAGACAGCGGGCUGUCGUCCCACCCGGGGAGCCUCGGGGAGCUGGACGCCAAGCUGGAGGGUCAGGGGUCGGUGGGCAUGGGCAGUGACCCCAACCUGCCCCAGGGGGUGCUGAACAAGUACGGCUCCUGGCCCAACAGCGAUAACAGUCUCGCUUCCUCAGCUGCCAGAGAAAGCUGGGAGCGAGAUUCUGGAGCCAGGGACAUGAGCCCGGAACCAGGAGCCUUCCUGCAGAAACUCAUGGAGAGCGCCAACUCAUCAUCUACUUCCGGAGGCGGAAACUUCCUGGAACUCGCUAACACAGACUGUAAGCCCAUGAGCAAACCUUUCUCAAAAAUGUUUUCAACGAGCACAAUUUUGAGUUCACAAUUUGAAGAGAAAACCUCCUAACUGACCGCAGUGUCUUCAUGAAUGACUUCACAGCAACAGCGCCCUCACUUGUCAGGAAAA